AUGGCUUUUGAAGCUGCCUCUCACCUGCCGCGGGCUACCGACGACGACGAGGUCGUCACUGUUUCCAAGAUUGAGCAUGUGAGGGGCAAGCUAGCGGCUGCGUCUUGCGAGGAGACCGUAAAGCUGCCCGUCACAUCUCCCAAGGGCACCAUCAAGGCGCUUCAGCCGCUGCAGAUUCCUCAGGAAGAUGACAUAAUGGAGAUGCAGAGCAGCUGGAUAUCUGUGGCCAACGUCUCCUUUGCAGACAUGCUCUGCUCGAUCGACAAGCACAGAGACAGCCCCAGGAACCAUCGCGACAGCCCCAGGAAUCGAAGGAUUCCUCCCCCCAGAGCCUCUUCUGAGGCUCCGCGCGAGUCUGCAUCCUGUGGUCAAGUGAUAUUUCCCAGGCUGCGGGGGAGGCUGUCGGACACAGGAGAGCACAGAGAGGUGCCUGCAUGCAUCUUUGAGCAGAGAGAGCUGCCCACAGUGCGCGAGCAGCCCUCGCCCCCACGCCCCACCUCUCAGAGGGAUGAGCAGGGAGCACCCCAGGAGACAGUGUCUGGCAGCAGCAGGGCUGCAGGGACCUCUGCUGCCGCCCCUAGCACACACCCUUCCCACACCCAGCACAGGCCUCGCAGGGUGCACAGAGCCGUCCCGGGCAGCCGGCACACGUUGCCCAGCAAGUCUUACAGAGGUGCAGACACCAAGGCAUCAUCAGCUGCAGCCGCCAGUCAGGAGGUGAGCUUACGUGUAAUAAUAAUAAUAAUAAUAAUAAUAAUAAUAAUAAUAAUAAUAAUAAUAAUAAUAAUAAUAAUAAUAAUAAUAAUAAUAAUAAUAAUAAUAAUAAUAAUAUAG